CCUGCACUUAUGUUUAAGUUUUGCGCGUUCACUUUUACGGCUGUUAUCGGGCCUUUUUAUGGGGAAUAAUGCUAACUCAUCCCGUUCUUCAUAGUAAAUGUUUGCAGUAAAGAUGAUUUGUAAACCGGCAAUAAUUUGGCGUCUUCUGGGAGUUAUCUUUUUCUCCGUCUUUAUUUCGAUAGAAGGAAACGGUCUGUAUGACCCAUGCACGAGCACAUUGUCAUGUGGCGAUCCGGGCUUGACCUGCCAUGAUGGCCGCUGUGUGUGCAUCUUCGAUAAAGGUCCGGAAGCUGUCCAGUUUUGGGGCUGCAACAACGUGCUAGACUGCGAGAGACCCAUCCGGCUGGCGGCCGACCAGCUGUCCUAUGCCGGACACCGGUUGGCAUCGGAGAUGCUCAACGUCGAAGAGCCGCAGUGUAUCGCUUCCGAAGUAUGCCCGAAUCCGCGCGACCGACUCGGCUAUUGCCGCGUCUUUUGGCCGGAUGGCGACGCGGUCAUAUGAACGGCAGUGUGCGACAAAUGUUUAACGCUCCAUAAUCUUAUGUAUAAUCAGUCAAAAUUGUAAACAUUUUGAUUAAACACGAAUCGUACGAUAUAAUCCAACAGAACAUUACUAAAUUUUAAAAAUAUCACACGGUCAAGGUAACACAAAAAAAGUCUUGCAGUCACAGUUUAAACACGUUUGUUCAAUAAUAAUGAAGAAAUUUUCCGCAGAGUCAAAUAAAAACUAUGCGCCUACAAUAAAGUAAACAAACAGCAUCGGGAAUGAAAAUCACCGGAAACACUAUUCCGUUAAAUAAAGAUGCACACAUGAACAGACACUUCAAUCCAUGAGCCGGGAAUUCUUGAGUAUAUCAAUGAAUUGUUUCCAAAAUAUAUCCUCCUACGACAACAAUUAUUAUAGUUGUGCAGCAAUUUCAUAUAUCUGACGGUAUACAGACUAAUUAUUGACUGACUGUUUAAAAAUUAUUCUGAAAUUUCUCUCGUACA